AAAGUUCGCCUCCGCUCAUGAAGGGGGCGAUAACGUUUCCAGAUCCGUAUGAAAACGGACGCAGGUUGGGAUGAAAGGUUGUAAACAUGGCGGCGGCCUUGGAGGAGGAUGAGAUUGACAAUGAUGAUUACUAUUCGCUAUUAAACGUGCGGAGAGAGGCCACGCAAGAGGAACUUAAGGCAUCGUAUCGGCGUCUUUGCAUGCUCUACCACCCUGAUAAACACAGAGACCCUGAGCUGAAAAGGCAGGCCGAGCAGCUUUUUAACCUGGUGCACCAAGCAUAUGAAGUUCUAAGUGAUCCACAAUCCAGAGCUAUCUAUGAUAUUUAUGGGAAGAGAGGGCUAAGCGUGGAAGGAUGGGAGGUAGUAGAGAGGAAAAGAACGCCAGCUGAGAUCAGGGAAGAGUUUGAGCGCCUACAGAGAGAGAGAGAGGAGAGAAGACUUCACCAGAGGACCAAUCCUAAGGGGACAAUCAGUGUGGGUGUAGAUGCUACAGACCUUUUUGAUCACUAUGAGGAAGACUAUGAGGAACUCGCUGUUGGUGGCUUCCCCAACAUUGAGAUUAACAAGAUGCAUAUAUCUCAGUCCAUAGAGGCCCCUCUGACAACGUCAGACACGGCCAUUCUUUCUGGAUCUCUCUCUACACACAAUGGCAACGGCGGUGGAAGCAUUAACUUGGCUCUGCGACGGGUGACGUCGGCAAAAGGCUGGGGAGAGGUUGAGUUAGGAGCAGGAGACACACACGGUCCUCUAUUUGGGUUGAAGAUUUUUCGCAACCUGACACCUCGCUGCUUCAUGACUGCUCAAUGUGCAAUGCAGUUUUCGUCACGUGGUGUACGUCCAGGCAUAACCACCGUGCUUGCGCGCCACUUAGACAAAAACACAAUGGGCUACCUACAGUGGCGCUGGGGUGCUCAGUCUUCCAUGAACACCAGCAUUGUGAGAGACACAAAGAGCAGCCACUUCACAUUUGCUGUGCAGUUGGGGAUCCCACAUACUUUUAUGAUGAUGAGCUACCAGUACAAAUUCCAAGAUGAUGACCAGACCAAGAUCAAGGGUUCAGUCAAAUCAGGCUUUUUCGGAACAGUGGUGGAGUACGGUGCUGAGACUAAGAUCAGUCGACACAGUGUUCUCGGUGCUACAGUCAGUGUUGGAGUGCCACAAGGUGUUUCCCUCAAGAUCAAGUUGAACAGAGCCAGCCAGACAUAUUUCUUUCCAAUCCACUUGACAGACCAGCUCCUUCCCAGUGCAGUGUUCUACGCCACUGUCGGUCCUCUUGUCUUUUACUUGGCGAUCCAGCGUCUUGUUAUCAAACCUUACAUGUGUGCUCAGAAGGAACAGGAACUGGAGAAGCAUCGGGAGAGUGCCGCGUCUGAGAUUGCCAAGAAGAAGCAAGAAGCCGAGUCUGCUGUUCUGCUAAUGCAGGAGUCAGUGCGCAGGAUCAUUGAAGCUGAGGAGUCCAAAAUGGGACUCAUCAUACUCAAUGCUUGGUAUGGGAAGUUUGUGACGGACAACAGCAGGAAGCAUGAAAGAGCAAGAGUCAUUGAUGUGACUGUACCUCUACAGUGCCUGGUGAAAGACUCCAAACUCAUUCUCACAGAGGCCUCAAAGACUGGCUUACCAGGCUUCUACGACCCCUGUGUGGGUGAAGAAAAGAGCUUGAAGGUGCUGUAUCAGUUUCGAGGCGUCAUGCACCAGGUUCUGUCUGGUGACACAGAAGCACUCAGGAUACCAAAACAGUCUCACAGAAUUGAUAAUGACACUUAGGAACCUUUAUCAACAUCGCUGAAAGGGACAACUUGGACUGAUGUAUGAGAGAAACGGAUGUUAUUGUGAACUGGAUAUUCCAUGUGGUCUAAAAGCCAUUCACAUGCACUACAGCCUUCUAUUUGUGGAGUUUUAAUCUUUAAGUAUAAAAGGGCAUGUUUAAUGGAGUCCAGUGGAAAAUGCAUGAAAUUGUUGAAUUCCCAAUUGAUAAAUCUGUAUCUAAAAUCUGAGUAAGAAUAUGCAAAGUAUUUGUUACUUUUCUUGUUAUUUUCGCCUCAGGUUUUCCCCCCAGAAAAAUUCCUUUCUCCCACAGGAAAACUAUGGUUACUGUACUAACUUAUGAAUCUCCAGGAUCUCAACAGUGCCUGUAUUCAGCGCAUGCUGCUGUAACAAUCCACAGAAUCCCACUAAAAAUGCCAAUAGGAGUGUCCCAAGCAUUGACAUUGAUUAUCAACAUAUAAAUAUUAUAUAAAACAGAAUCUCUCAACAGUUCUAGACUUGUUAAGAAAUGAUAUCCAAGCCUCUGUGAUACAGUACCUGUGCUGGCCAACUGUAAUACAUUUACCAUUCCAUUCUAGCUGAAAUUCAACUAAUCAAGAGCUCCCAUAUGAAACUGUUACAUGAAAAUGAAGCAUGGGAACAUUAGAAUAUUUUUUUCCUCUGUGAUCAAACAAAUUGACACACCACAUGCUUUGGCAUUCUGCGUCUGUAGAGACUGAUUUAAAAUGCCACAGAGUGUGCACAGUAAAAUAUCAAGUACAGUUCUUGAAUAUGAUUGGUAAUAAAUUAUGGUGUGAAACUU